UACACAUCAGUCCUCUAGAGAGAGGGCGAAGAACUCGAACUCCUAAUUUUUUCAAGAAAUUAUAUUCUCAUCAUCACCCCCCCUCUGGGAAGCGAUCCUCUAAAGAAAUUGGGCGAAAUUGAGGCUGGAGUUCUUGCUUCCUGUGAUUUCUUAGCUUCGCAAGUAACAUGAGGUCAUCAUCUCUCUGGAGCGAGGACCCUAACGCUGCGUCAACCUCAAAACAUCCGAAUUCCAAACACAGUGGCAGCAAUGUCUUUCGGAUGUUAGUGCAAAGGGAGGUAUCGCCCAAGACAAGACUUUUGCCGAAAAAGUUAUCUGUUGAUACCUCUCGGUUAAAGUGUGGUGCCAAAAAUGAUGCAAGACGUGGUCUUCAGUCGUGGCUGGAGGCUGAGUCAAUGCUGCACUUGUCGGCCAAGUAUUGCCCACUAUUUCCUCCUCCCAGGUCAACUAUUGCUGCUGCCUUCAGUCCUGAUGGGAAGUGGCUUGCAUCAACACAUGGUGAUCAUACUGUGAAGAUAAUUGAUUACCAAACUGGGAGAUGCUUAAAGGUUUUGACAGGUCACCGGAGGACACCUUGGGUGGUUAGAUUUCAUCCUCUAUAUCCUGAGAUACUAGCAAGUGGAAGUUUAGAUCAUGAAGUUCGGAUAUGGAACUCGCAUACUGCUGAGUGCACAGGAUCACGCGAUUUCUAUCGCCCUAUUGCAUCUAUUGCUUUUCAUGCUCAAGGGGAUCUUCUGGCUGUAGCUUCAGGCCACAAACUUUAUAUGUGGUACUACAAGAAAGGGGACACGUCAUCACCCACUAUUGUAUUGAAGACACGUCGAUCACUAAGGGCUGUCCAUUUUCAUCCUCACGCGGCUCCUUUUAUUUUAACUGCUGAGGUCAAUGAUUUGGAUUCAUCAGAUUCAUCUAUGUCAACAGCUACUUCUGUUGGUUAUUUGAAGUAUUCUCCUCCUAAUGUAUAUCUAACAGACGCUCACUCUGGGCAGUAUCAACUUCUAAUGUCUCCUCUUGAAUUUGGUGGGUCUGUUGCACGAAAUGAGCCACUGUCAAAUUCUUUGUCUGGAGAAAUAGACAAUGGUGUUGCGCAACCUGUAAUGGACAUGGACACUACUGGAGCACAUGCUAAAGAGAUGAGCAAUCAGUUUCUUCCUUACGGUGAUCCAGCCUACUGGGAGUUGCGAUUCUUACAUGGCUGGCUGAUUGGCCAAAGUCAAGCUGGCCAAGGAACAAACCAUCUUCCCAUUGGUGGUCCUCAUGAAAAUUCAUCUUCAUCUGGUCAGCCUGAAAAUCAUGCUGCAGGCAUUCCUGUAGGCAUGCUAUCCAACUUGGGCCAAUCUAGGCUUAAUGGAAGAUCUGAUUCAAGGCAACUUGCAUCUCGUUCUGUCACAGUCUUUGAAGCUGGAACUGGUGAAACUCGUGUUUCUAAUAACAUCAUACAGAGUGAAAGUGAUGCUCAAAUUUUUGUCAGCAGGAUUCAUUCUGAGCUUGCAACGACACUUGCAGCAGCUGCUUCUGAGUUUCCUUGUACUGUGAAACUGAGAAUCUGGAAUCAUGACUUAAAAAAUCCUUUUGCGCCUCUUGAUGCUGGGAAAUGCUUAUUCACCAUACCACAUGCUGUACUUUGUAGUGAGAUGGGUGCCCAUUUCUCACCUUGUGGAAGAUAUCUAGCAGUUUGUGUUGCAUGCUUGUUGCCUCAUGCGGAAGUUGAUCAUGGACCACUUAACCAGGUCAACCAGGAAACCGGGACUCCAACAUCCCCCACAAGACAUCCGAUUUCGGGUCAUCAAGUCAUGUAUGAGCUUCGUAUAUACUCCCUCGAGAAAGCAACUUUUGGUUCCGUACUUGUAUCAAGGGCUAUCAGGGCUGCUCAUUGCCUAACCUCAAUUCAGUUUUCUCCUAUGUCGGAGCAUCUGUUACUGGCUUAUGGCCGUCGUCAUAGUUCGCUUCUUAAGAGUGUUGUGAUUGAUGGAGAAACAACAAUACCCAUAUACACAAUUCUAGAGGUGUAUAGAGUUUCUGAUAUGAAACUCGUGAGAGUCCUUUCAAGUGCAGAGGAUGAGGUUAAUGUAGCUUGUUUUCAUCCCUUGGUUGGUAAUGGCUUUGUAUAUGGAACAAAGGAAGGGAAGCUGCGCAUCCUUCAAUGUGAACGAUCUCAUAGAAUAAUUGAUACUAGAUCAAGCGAUAUUGAUGAGAGCAUGGUGGAGGGCCCAAGAUAUGCUCUUGAAUGCUAAUUAAAUAGCUAAGGUAUGCUCUGAUGCCAUGAGGUGCUAGUCUAAAUUGAAUGGGGUGAGGUCAAGAACUCGUUGCAAGUGAUGGGCAAAUCAAUCUUGGACAUUGUCAAAAUUAAAAAUAGUGAAUGAAAAAAAAUCUUACAGAUGGAUUGCUUGGAACUUGGAAGUAAGCAAUUUCAUUUUAAGGGUGACCCUGCCAAGAAGAAUUUAAGGAAGGGGGAUGUUUUGUGACUAAUAUAUAUAUAUAUAUAUACAUUCUGGUGAGAGGUUAUUAUUUCCUUUAAGGAAGAGAGCUCCUCUUCAAGCCAGUUAGGGUUUUUAGGAAAAGGUGGAGAAUGGGAGGGAAGAUAGUGUUGUAUAAUGAAUGUUUGAAAUUGUAAGUUACCCUCCCCUGGUCAUCCAACAAUACAAAUCAUUUUCUUGGGUUUCAAACUUAAA